CUUAGCGUGUCACCCGGCAGCGGUAGUCCACUCCGAGUCGCAGUCCAGAGGGACAAGUUUGGCUCCCGCCAUAACGUUGUCGCAAGCACGCCCCCUGCAGGAACAUGCGCGGAGGAGUCCUGGAACGGAGAGAUGACAUCGACCUGGAACAUCAUGAUAGUACCUCCCACACGUUCCUUUACAUUUUCGUCACGCUACAACUAGUCGGCGGGUUGGGGCUGCUCGUACUCCUGCUUACGGUCAUCCUUUCGAAGACUGUUCAACGGCAAGCAACAUGGGUGUCGUUCAUCGCCAGCUGGGUAAGAGAAAACCACUUCUCCCAAGCCCUCUUCACCAACAGACCGGGACAGGUUAUAUCCUCCGUGUCCUACACGCUUCUUGCAUUCUUCAGGCAAAGCACUGGGGCUGAACCGCAUCCUGCCUUAUGUUUUAUCCAAGCGGCUCUGAUAUAUGGCAGUCCUGUUCUCACUGCGUACACUGCGCUCUCCCUAGUAUUGGAGCUCCUUAUCAACGCUCGUGAUCUAUUUCUCGAUAAACGGAAGCUCGCUCGGUUACUGCUUGUCGUCGUUCCGUAUGUGCUGUACAUCGUGGCACUACUCGAAGCCUCGCUGGUUGGUCUAGCAAGGAAAGAUGAGAUCAAGAGGCUUCCAUCCGGCAUUUACUGUUCCAACUCCAGUGGCGUGCCAGGUUCGAUCAGUGGUGCCUUGGUCAUACUAGGCCUGGCAGCCACACUGCUAUCCGAAAUAGUUCUCGGCCUUGAGUUCUACCGAGCGCGGCGCGCCUUCGGAUUUCUGCAAGAGCCGGAGACCAAGUUGCCGAUGUCCAUGUUCAUCCGCCUCGCAAUAUUCACCGUAUUUGCUGGGUUGGCGAUCGGGAUCUCGGUGGCAUUUACCUUCCAUUCGACCGAGCUACUGCCGAACAUGUGUCUGGCUCUGAUGCCCGUCGCCACGCUUCUGACAUUUACACAAAUGGACAUCAUCCGAGCAUGGAAGUGGUGGACAAAGGCGCCGUCAUACCAUGGUCGCCGGUACUCUGAAACACCACUGCUACUGGAAACCACUCCUCGCUCAGAGUCGUUUAACUUCGAGUGAGAGGCGCGUCCCAUAAACGAUCAGCGGGUGUUCGAUUACGUAUAGAGCCGACCUAGGCCUGCCGCUUUAGCGGCGGAUGCACCCGUUUCACGAAGGCGGAUAUAUUUUUCCCGGCCUCCCGAUGGGCGCAACAUACAAAACCCCAAAGUCGCGAGCCUGACCGUCUUCUGUGAAGACCCUGAUCUCACGACACCCUCAUCAUCGCGAACCCCAUACACCAAAUAUCAUGGACAAAAUCCCCACCGAAAUCAUCAGCCGCAUAUUCGCCUGGGCAUCCACGGACGACGGGUCGACGGCGCGAUCACUCCGAAUCACUUCGAAGUAUUGUUCCGCCGUCGUGGAACCAUACCAACACCAAUCCCUCGUCGUGACCGGCCUUACACAGGUGGAUGGCCUCGUCCGAGUCCUUCAGCAGCAGCAAGCAUCUGGAAGACUGCAACGCGUCAAGUAUCUGCUCAUAGCGGAUCAGACGGAAGGGCAGAUCAACGAAGGUUUUCCGAUGCCGUCGGUCCAGAACGGUAGCGUAUCCGCGAACACGGCCUUCGUCUACCAAUCUGGGCUCAUGCGCAAAGCUCGCGAAGCGCUCCGGUUCUCGAAGCUGGUGUACAGGCUCAUGGAGCUCGUUGCGCCCGCCCUCGAGGACCUCACUUGCCUCAUCUUCAACCCCUGCUCGGUCGACAUCAUGCAGUCCGCUUUCUCAUUCCGCUUCCCGCGGCUCCGUGAACUCUCGAUCCGCCUUUCCGCCUGGCCGAGCAACGCUCUCCGGCCUCCUUUACCCCCCUGCCUGCAGAUGCCCGCCCUCCAAUGCUUCCACCUCGGAUCUAUGACUGACCUCGCCGACACAUUCCCCCUGCUAGACCUCGUCU